AUACUCCUUGAGACAAUGGGUAUCAAAAUGACUCCAUUUAUUCAGGCUAAUCGAAUCCUAAGGAGGUCCACAACAAGUGGAGGUGUUCCAAAAGGACAUUGUGCAGUAUAUGUAGGGGAGAGUCAGAAGAAGAGAUUCGUCGUGCCAAUAUCAUACCUGAGGCAGCCUUUAUUCCAAGACUUAUUAGCUCAAGCUGAAGAAGAGUUUGGCUUUGAUCAUCCAAUGGGCGGUCUCACAAUACCUAUCGAAGAGGAUGAGUUCAUUGAUCUCACUUCCCGCUUGAGGAGAUCAUGAGUAGGACCGUGGUGCAAAUUCUUUUGCCUAUGAAAUUUUGUAAAGUAGGACUAGAGAUGAGAAAGAGGAGAUUGUAGAGUUCAUUGUAUAGUUCAGAACCACAAGAACCUUUGGAUGGAACAUUUCCCAUGUAAAAUUUAUUACUAGCAGAAGUUCUAAUUCUUAUUAAUCACUUUAGUCACAUUUACCUAGACAACUCUUAUUCUUUCAGUCUUUCAGCUUCAUAGCCUGCUGUUUUUCAUUCUUAUUUCUUUCUAUCAAACAAGUAAAUGUACUUUAAGUG